AUGUUCAAUCGAAUUGCACGGUUGGCUGCAUUAUAACAUAAGGUUGUAAAAUGCUUUGAUCUUCACGAGUAUCAAAGUAAGGAUUUGAUGAGAAGAUUCAAUGUACAAGUGUAGAAAGGAGAAAUUGCCUUGAAUGCAGAAGAAGCAGCCAAAGUAGCUAAGAAACUUGAUCCUAGUGGUGGAUUGAUCUUGAAGUCAUAAGUUCAUGCAGGAGGAAGAGGCAAAGGAACUCUAUCAAGUGGAUUGAAAGGAGGAGUCAAGAUCUGCAAAACUCCAGAAGAAGUAGCCAAUUAUACCAAAUAAAUGAUCGGAUAUAAAUUGGUCACUCAUUAAACACCCAAAGAAGGAUUAUAAGUAAAUGCAGUACUCGUUCAUGAAGGUGUGGAUAUCGUACGUCAAUUAUAUAUAGCAUUUAUUUUGGAUAGAAAUUCCUAAAAACCAGCCAUUGUUGCCUCAAUCAAUGGAGGAAUGGAAAUCGAAGAAGUUGCUAAGACUGAUCCAAACAGUAUCAUCGUAUUACCAAUUGAUGUCAAUACUGGAUUGACAGAUCAAAUUGCUAAUAAAGUGAUCGACACUUUGUAAUUAUAAGCAGUCAGAUAAUAAGCUAUUGAAUAAUUGAAGAAUCUAUACAAGAUGUUCAUUACUCUUGAUGCUACUCAAGUUGAAAUUAAUCCAUGGGCAACAGAUCCAAAGAAUAAAUUAUUUUGCAUUGAUGCUAAGAUCAAUGUUGAUGACAAUGCUAAAUUCAGAUAAAAGGAAUUGAUUGAAUUAAGAAAGACAUCUGUUGCCUCUGAAUAAGUAGAUCCUCAUGAGGAGUUGGCAUUGGCAGCUGGAUUGAAUUAUGUUGCCUUAGAUGGAAAUAUUGGCUGCAUGGUUAAUGGAGCAGGAUUAGCUAUGGCUACUAUGGACAUCAUCAAAUUAUAUGGAGGAGACCCUGCCAAUUUCUUAGAUGUUGGAGGUGGUGCCAAUGUUGAAUAAGUCAAAACUGCAUUCGAAAUCUUGAAUUCUCAUCCCAAGGUUGAGACCAUCCUCAUCAAUAUCUUCGGUGGUAUCAUGAAAUGCAACAUCAUUGCUGAAGGUAUCAUCAAAGCUGCUUAAUUGGUUGAUCUUAAAACACCUUUGGUUGUUAGAUUAACUGGAACCAACUCUCAACAAGGAGCUAAAAUGUUAGAUGAAUUUGCUAAGUCAUAAACCAAAGUAUCCAUUACAACAGCCACAGAUUUGGAUGAUGCAGCUCAAAAAUCUGUUAAAAUUGCUAAAGUAUCCAAAAAGAAAUGAUAUAUUCAUUAAUUAUUAUCCUUUAAACAAUUAAUAAUUAUAAUGAUUAUUAGCCAAAA